GCUCGCUAUGACGCACGUCGGCUAGUAGUAGAGGAAAAAGGAGAACCAGUCCAGUUAACCUGACCUACCGUGUCUGUCUACAUACAUUUCGCGUUUGCUUUACAAAAUGUUUCACCGAUAUAUAUACACGGAUUUAGUUUAACAGCCAAACAUGUCUGUUUGUUCGUCGUCAGCCCGCGAAUAUAUUCAGCUGGUAAAACUGACCUACGAAGAAGAAUGCCUUUGUUGCUACGCUAGCUAGCUGGACUUAGCUUCAGGAUGGACAGCUGAGUGCUAUCAGGAGUAACAAAUAAAUGUCCUGUAAAUGAAUCUUGAGAGUACCGUCUCCUGAGUGUAAAGCAGGGGUUUGGGUGCCUUUUUUGCUACCUCCGAACCGCGUAGACGAUGAAAAACUGCGAGUACCAGCAGAUCGACCCAAGGGCGCUCUCCGUUUCACCGCUGUCGGCUCAAAACCCCGCCGAGAAGAAGGUGCAGCGCCCGCGGAGAAAAUGGGAAGCUUUCCCGGGGAAAAACAGAUUUUUCUGCGACGGACGGCUCAUCCUGGCCAGACAGAACGGCAUCCUUCCUCUAACACUAGGCCUUAUUGUUGUCACUAGUGGCCUUUUCUUUGCUUUCGAUUGCCCCUUCCUGGUGGAGCAUCUGACCGUCUGUAUACCUGUGAUAGGAGGGGUGCUCUUCUUGUUUGUGGUCGCCUCCCUGCUAAGAACCAGCUUUACAGAUCCAGGCAUUUUACCCAGAGCCACUGCAGACGAAACUGCAGACAUAGAGAGGCAGAUAGAUACCUCAGGAUCCUCAACAUAUCGCCCGCCUCCUCGAACCAAGGAGAUCCUCAUCAACCAGCAGGUGGUAAAGCUCAAGUACUGCUUCACUUGCAAGAUGUUCCGGCCUCCACGGACCUCCCACUGCAGUCUGUGUGACAACUGUGUUGAGCGAUUUGAUCACCACUGCCCAUGGGUGGGGAACUGUGUCGGGAAACGCAACUACCGCUAUUUCUACAGCUUCAUCAUCUCUCUGUCUUUUCUGACAUCUUUUAUAUUUGCCUGCGUCAUCACACAUAUCACCCUCCGUUCUCAAGCAAGCAAAGGCAUCGUUCAAGCCAUUCAGGAGAGUCCUGCAAGUGUGGUGGAAUUGGUGAUUUGCUUUUUCUCCAUCUGGUCUAUUUUGGGCCUCUCAGGCUUCCACACCUUCUUAGUAGCCUCCAAUCUCACCACGAAUGAAGACAUCAAGGGGUCGUGGUCGGGUAAGCGGGGAGCGGAGGAGUCCGGAAACCCCUACACUUACAGCAACAUCAUCACCAACUGCUGUGCUACGUUAUGCGGCCCAAUGCCUCCCAGCCUGAUUGAUCGAAGAGGGUUCCUCCCUCCCGACGAGGCGAUCCCGGCCGCCGCGACCUCAGAGAUGGAGCUGCCUCCCUUCACGCCCAAGAGCGAUGCGAACAUGUGCACUCAGAGCACGAAGGACGUGCUGGAGAGGAUGCUCCACUCUGACUUUCAUGGCCUGUGCCCUUCAGGGAACCCCAAGACCUCGCCUCUGGUCCAGGAGGUUUCCAGCAGCGCCCCAGCAACCGCAGAGCCGUCCCUCUCCUCCGGAUGCUCACGGCAGCUCGCCCGCCAGGCUGUGGUUGGCCCCUGCCCCCUGUUGCCCCCUGUCGCUUUCAGCAAAAGCGACAGGAGAGACUCGCUGCACUCGAUCAACCCGGCCUUCCGCCUGGCUUCUCCCUCGCCCACGCUAAGCCACAGCGCGCUGGUUCUGGGCGACGGGCCUGACAUUGGUUUCAUCCCUCAACACUAAGGACGCUUUGGUCACCGUCAGGGCAGACAUGGAGUCAUGGCAGGGACUGUGCGCUCCUCGGGCUGCACACAUUGCUGCUGUUUAUCGCCAGGCAGUGGUUUUGGACACAAAGACGCUUAGUCAGAGACUCGGUGCAUGUUGGAAUUUGGUGUCGCAAAAAUGUCCUCGUGAGGGGUUACGGUUAAUUUAAGUCACUAUAGUGUCCAGUUGUACACAUCCUUCAAAAUGGAGGGGAGUCUUAGUAACACUUCAGAGCACAAUAUAGAGAUAUUUUUUCACAUCUUUUUUAGGACGCUCGAAAUGUCCCAGCACUCCUUCUGCUGAAACCUCAGUGUUUGAGUUCUAAUAUGAUAUGCAAGCGUGGGCAGGCUUUUUGAGUUUGGAUGUUUUGUGUAUAAGAAGCCAGAAACAAAUGUUGGACUUUGCUCAGUUUUCCAGAGAGUGAACCAUUUUAACAACAAAAAGCCUCACACAUCGUCAUCUACGUUGUCCCGUCUAUGUUUGAAGGGUUGGUUAUAGACGGACAAGGAUUUCAUACUUGUUGGAAUUUUGCAAAUCCUUUUGCAAGACACAAAAGGUUUUGGAAAAGGUUUUCCUUUAGAAGUUACAUUUUAUCGUUUUUUUUUUCCCUCCAGUGUCCUUGGGCUCAGUAUAUAAAGAAGCUAAAGCUGGACAACGAUGUUAAAAUUACAUAGUUUGUUCAGAUGUCCCAUGUGGAACAGGAUGAAAUGUUUUAGUAAUUCUUUGUGUCCUAUGUGUCUAAAAAUUGGACGGGAAAACAAAGUAUUUGAAUCAUGUUUGCAACUUUUUUUUUUUUUGUGGAACUCAUUCGGAUGUAUUUGUUGCUGACAUGAUGUGACAUGAUGUUUAGUGUUUUCUGUCUUCACGCGUUUUUAUCGUUUUGCCUGCAGCACACAUCCGACGAUUUCAACACAAAACAUGAAAAUAUCAUCUUAAUACACAGCAAAAUGCACGAGGUGGAGAGCACCGCUAGGGGGCAGGAUGUGAACAGCAAAUUCAGUUCAAUCUUUAUUUAGUAAUGUGGACAUCAAUCAAGGUCAAAUGACUUUUCCACUUUAUUUAUUUACAUAUAUAUUUUUUGUAUUUGAGCUUUCAACGUGGUCAUAUGUUGUGAGUUUGUGAGGAUUCACUUUGGCGUAGCUCAUGAAUCAGUCUGCGGCGAGGCCUGUAGGUUGCGUAGAUGGUUACAAGCAGUGCUUGUACGAACAAACUUGUUUGUAUUUUUUGCAGUGCAGCAGUACAACUGUAUCAUAUGACCAAUAAACAUCCAUGUUUGUUGAA